UUUUGACAUGUCAAAUUUUGUUAAUGGAAGGGAUGCUUCCAUCGCUAUUGCACAAUUACUCAACGAACGCGUGUUUGUGUAUUCAUCCGCACAUAGCCCAACAUUCAUACAGACGAACAUUUAUGACCAGCCAACAACGACCAGUCAACUAGAUCCUUUGCAAGAUCCCUUGUCUCAUGUUAUUCAGGCCAUUUCGAGAAAUCAGCUUACAAGUGCAAUGCUUUCCACUCGCUCGUUAUUAUACGCAAUACCACAAUUUUACAAGCUGGCGUCUGAAAACUCAAGCGUUGUUGUUCAUGUUCCAGCUGAGAACGUGGAACAAUCUUCAUUUGCUGAUUUUACACAAGUCAUGGCAGUUAGAGAAAGUGGUUUAGCUCUCCUAUGUUCUUCCACUGUGCAAGAGGCUCACGACUUAUCUCUGAUAGCCCACUUAGUCUCACUAUUGACCCAGACGCCAUUUUUGCAUUUUUUUGACAGCAAGCGCAUAUCAAAUGAAUUAAAUUCAAUUCAAUUGCUUGAUAACAAAACGCUACUUUCAUUGGUACCUGAGGAUCUUAUUAAGCAGUAUUGGAAUAGUAGGCCAGUACCUUUGCCACAGACCGCUUAUCUAAAAUACAAUUACAAACAAGAGAAUUCAAAUGAUAAUAUGCAAUUAUAUAAUACCGUCAAAGAUGUUAUGGAUCAAUUUGGUCGUAUUACUGCAAGGUCAUACUAUCCUUUCGAAUACACUGGUGAUGCUGAAGCUGAUGUUGUUAUCGUAGCUAUGGGUGCUGGUGCUACCGUUGUUGAAGAAACGUUGAAAUCUACUAAUAAAUACCCGCACAAGAUGGGCAUUAUCAAAGUUCGUUUAUACCGACCUUGGUAUAGCAAACACUUCCUAAAAGUUUUACCUGAUACUGUUCAACGUAUCGCGGUCCUUGAACCCACCAAUGAUUCAACUUGGAAUCCCCUUUUUCUAGACAUUGCAUCCACUCUUCAAACCGUCGAAAAGAACCAUGUCGAUAUUUUCAGUGGACAGUAUGGUGUCAACGACCAGGAUUUUUCUCAAGAAAUGGUCCAUGCUGUCUACAAUGGCUUAGUCUCAAAUAGCUUAAAUCGGCAAUUUACGGUCGCUGAUUUACCUACGAUGUAUAUCGAUGUCGUACCAGUGUCUUUGUCUAAACAAAUCAUAUUUAUUGGGACUCCCUCUCUUGCUAUAUCAUUUGCCAAAAACACAAAGGAAAAUUCUCAAGCUUAUACUUUAGAUGAAGCCCCAAUUACACACGUCCGGUUAGCUGCUAAUUCCAGCAUACUGUCGCCAUUUUUGAUCAAGUUUGCUGAUGCGGUAAUCAUAGAUGUUCUCCCCUCCCAACACAGUCAGCAUAUUCUUGAUGCUGUCACUUCUCUAAAACAUGGUGGAUGUCUUAUUAUAGCCUCUGACUUAAAAUCCUCUCUGCCUUCUGCUAUCAAAAAAGUUGCCUACGGCAAACAAUGCAAUAUUGGUUAUAUUAAUGAUAUACAAGUCACCUUCAAGAAGGCAAUUUCUUUCCAAGAAAUUUUAGAUAAAUCUAUAUGGAAUUCUUUGCCAGAUUUAUGCGGUCAUGAUAUCCCAGCAACUCCCAAUGCAUCAAUAGCAACAAUAGAAAAAUCAAAAGAAAACUUACCUGUCGAAACUCCAUAUUUAAAAAUGCUCGAUCAAAUCUUUGGAUCCCGACUAAAAAUAUAUAACGCUUAUCAGGCUGCUUCUAUCUGGUCUCCCAGUAGUUGUAAUGCCUCCGCGCCUGAAUUUGGGUAUGGUCGCUUUAUCAAUCAUAUGCAAGAACGUCGUCGACUGGUGGAUAUUGUUAUUGAACUGAUCCGGAAUUCAUCAAUUUCCGGCAAUGAACAGCGAAUUCUUUCACAAUGGUUACUGUCAGUAAUCUCGCCUCAACCUUCGUCGAAAAUAAUCAAUGAAGCUGCUGAUAAGGCUGUGUGUGUUUUAAAAACUUUACCUUCUAUCUCAGACAAAAUUGGUUACCUAUACGAUACCUCUAACUGGCUAAUCGGUUCAGAUAAUUGGGCUUAUGACCUGGGUCAAUCAGGACUUCACCAUGUCAUGACCAGCGGUGAAAAUAUAAAUAUCUUGAUUGUGGAUACUACCCCUUACGCAAACCAGGUUGAACGCGAACAAAGAAAAAAGGAUAUCGGUCUUUAUGCUAUGAAUUUCGGUACUGUUUAUGUUGCCUCUGUAGCUGUAUACUACUCAUAUACUGGUGUUCUACAAGCUAUGAUGGAAGCUGACAGCUUUAAAGGGCCGUCAAUUGUCCUUGCAUUUUUGCCUCAACUAACGACUGAACCUAAUACCCUUGCCACGCUCAAGGAAACUAAAAUAAGUGUCGAUAAUGGGACUUGGCCACUUUACCGCUGGAAUCCCGAUUUAGAAGAAAUGUUUACUUUAGACUCUUCUCGUAUCAAAAAAGAUCUUGAAUCCUUUUUGUCUCGUGAGAAUCAUUUGACACAGCUGGUUUCAAAUCAACCUGAUAUAUCGAACAUUCUUGUCAGCUCUUUGGAAAGUGAUUUCGGUAAACGACAUGCUGAAAUAAAACGUAAGGCCCGUGAAGAUUAUACCCGCCUGUUGUCUGGGCUAGGAUCCAGCGCUGGUACUCCCCUUACAGUGCUUUUCGGAUCAGAUAAUGGUAAUGGUGAAAGUAUUGCUAAAAAAAUAGCUACUAGAGCCAAGUGGAGAGGUCUUCCGGUGAAGCUUAUGGCGAUGGAUGAUUACAGUGAUAUAACAGAACUUGCCAAUGAAACCAAUCUUGUUAUAAUUUGUUCGACGGCUGGCCAAGGAGAAAUGCCGUACAAUGCUCGUGAAUUUUGGAAAAGCUUAAACAAAUUGAUCGUUGGAGAUAUUAAUUUAUCCCAGGUCAAUAUUGGUAUUUUCGGCUUAGGCGAUAGUCAUUAUUGGCCUCGUCAAGAGGAUGCUCAAUUUUAUAACCGGCCGGCAAAACUAUUGGAUGCAAAGUUUGAGGUGUUGGGCGCCUCAAGAUUAAUACAUACUGGCUUAGCUGACGACCAAGAUACUGAUGGUUAUCAAACUGGUUUGGCAUUAUGGCUACCGGAGCUCUGGAAAUCACUUGGUAUAAAAGAUACUGGCAUUGAUGAAGAACCUGUUUAUACUGAUGAUCAAAUGAAGAUCGACUCUAAUUUCCUUCGUGGCAAUAUAUCUCAAGAUAUGGUUGAUAAUACUACUGGCACAGUCUCCGAAAUAAGUCAAAAGCUACUAAAAUUUCAUGGUGCUUAUGUUCAAGAUGAUCGUGAUUUACGUGAAGAACGAAAGUCUUUAGGCCUUGAAAAGGCUUACAGUUUCUUAAUUCGGGUUCGUACACCAGGCGGUGUAUCGACCCCAAAACAAUGGCUUGCAUUAGAUCGUCUUGCAGAUCGAUUUGGCAACAAAACAUUGAAAAUAACAACACGUCAAGCCUACCAGCUACAUGGUGUACUCAAGAAAAAUUUACGGUCGUCUAUCCGUGCUAUCAACAAAUCUUUACUAUCUACACUUGCUGCUUGUGGCGAUGUAAAUAGAAACAUUAUGUGCACGUCUGUUACCGAAAUUCCUGAAGUUCGUGAGCAAGUUCAGUCUUUAGUUUUGGAGCUUGUUGAUCUAUUGGCCCCGAAGACAAGUGCAUAUCAUGAAAUUUGGCUUGACAAUAGUAUGGUUGCUGGUCAUGCAGUUCAAGACUUUGAACCAAUUUAUGGGCCCUCGUAUUUACCUCGCAAGUUUAAAAUUGUUAUUGCUGUACCCCCUAAUAAUGAUGUUGAUGUAUAUGCCCAUGAUCUUGGUUAUGUUGCUAUUGUAGACCCUAAUUCCAACCAAGUCAUCGGUUACAAUGUUUUGGUUGGUGGAGGUAUGGGAAUGACCCACGGCAACAAGAAAACGUAUCCUCGGUCUGCCUCAUUGAUUGGGUAUAUAUCCGCUAAAGCGGUCAUUGAAGUCACCAAAGCUGUCGUCCUCAUACAGCGUGAUCAUGGUGAUCGUGUCAAUCGUAAGCAUGCACGAUUCAAGUACACAGUUGAUAAUCUUGGUAUAGACUGCAUCAAGAAACUUAUUGAAGAACAUAGUGGUGUAAGACUUGAAGAGGCGAAACCUUUUUCUUUUGAUGAUAAUAUUGAUCGUUAUGGUUGGACAAAAGGGUCGGGAGGCACUUGGAAUUUUGGUAUGUUCAUAGAAAACGGCCGUGUAAAAGAUACUCCGGAUUUUCUAUGCAAGACUGGACUGCGGGAGUUGGCUAAAUUUCAUAAAGGUGAAUUCAGGUUGACAUCUAAUCAGCAUUUAGUUGUAUGCAAUAUUUCGGAGACGGAUUUGGAAAGAACUAAAGCGCAUUUAACAAAAUAUAAACUCGAUAAUCUCUCUUUUACCGGCAUUCGAAAAACAUCUUCAGCAUGUGUUGCUCUUCCUACUUGUGGUUUGGCAAUGGCUGAAUCAGAGCGAUAUUUGCCUAGGUUAAUCACUUUACUGGAGGAAAUCAUGGAAGAGUCUGGUAUCCGUGAUGACUCGAUAGUGAUUCGUAUGACUGGUUGUCCUAACGGAUGUUCUCGUCCCUACUUGGCCGAAUUGGCUUUUGUCGGAAAGGCUCCCGAAACUUACAACAUGUACUUAGGUGGUAGCCCUAAAGGCGAACGACUUAAUAAGCUCUAUUUGGAAAAUUUGAAGGAAAAAGAUAUUUUGAAUGUUAUGAGGCCAAUGAUAAAAAGAUAUGCAUUAGAAAGAAGCGAUAGUGAACCGUUUGGUGAUUGGGUGAUAAGAGCUGGUUAUGUCAAGAGGACUGUAACUGGUAAAGAUUUCCAUGAUAGCUAAUAUAAAUUAUAUGCGAAAUUAUUUUUAAAAGUCGUAAUAAAGAUUUAACGUGAAGAAGUCACCUCUAAAGUACUGCUUCCUUACUUAGUUUGGGAAGAGUGCUAAGGACAGCAUGGACAUAAUGAU